AAAAACAACGACAAUGAGAAGUAUCAUGAGUGCCUUAAGAACCACACCGUCAAAAUUGGCGGCCACACACUUGAUGAAUGCAUCAAGUUCUUGCCUCUGGGCAAGGAGGGAACCCUGGACGUGCUAAAAUGCCUCGUGUGCAACUGCCACCGAAACUUCCAUCGUAAGGAGACCCCCAAUGACACCCACCCGGUGCCUUACUACCACCACUCGCCGUUGCUGUUGGCAGCGUACUAUGGGGAGCAAGUGGGCUACCCCCGUCUGGAAGGGCAACAAUGCACCACACUGGCACUCCCCACCAGGUCAAGGGGCAAUGGUAGGGCCCAGUCCUCAAGGGAGGACAUGGAGGCAGUGUCAGACCCAACGAGUGGUGCCACUCCUCAUGGCGGGUCCAGCAAGAAGCGUUUCAGGACUAGGUUCACCCAAGAGCAAACGGAGAAGAUGUUGGCCUUUGCAAAAAAGCUUGGUCAGAGGAUUCUUAAGCACAAUGAGAGUGUUGUGCAGGAGUUUUGUGCCCAAACUAGCGUCCAGCCUCAUGUGCUUAAGGUGUGGGUGCACAACAACAGGCACACCUUGGGUAAGAAGCCCUAGACAGAAAAAAAAAUCCAGCCCCGUUACCUCUCUCUCUAUAUAUAUGUUUCUUUGUUUUAAGUUACCAUAAUAACAACCACCAUUCCCAGCUGGAAGCUCAACCUUGAAGCCAGAGAGAUCAUGUUCUUGAAGUUCUGACAAAGCAUGCUAGAAAUAAAUAUAUUGCUU